UGAGCUUUCCACGCAGGCAUGGAGCCACUGAGCUACAUCCCCAACCCUGAUUCCCAUCAUUUCACAUCCAAAGAGAUACAGAGGAGAAAAUUUGAGCAAAGGCCGUCUGUGCUGGGCAAACUUCAUGCCAGAGCUCCAUCACAGACUCAGAGACUUCAGUAUUAGGAGAAAUGUGAAGAUUAUCCUGCCUGUGGAUCCAUCUGAUGCCAGAGACACUGCACACUACCCAAUCAAGUGAUGGACCAGUCUGAGCUUGAACACCGGGGACAGAAGCUACCUCCCAAGGCAACCCACUGUUCCUAGCCAGCUCUGACUGUCAGAAAGUCUUUUCUUACCCUGAUCUUCAAUGUCUUCCUGAAUCUGAUUUCCUAUAGCUAGAUCAACAACCUGGAUCUAUGUUGGUCAACACUGUUUAUUUCAAAGAGGAUCAACCCCCACCCCAGUAUCUCUAAUGGAAACAUAACCGGCUUCCUUAAUCCAUUCACUCUAAUGAUGUCAAUUGAGUGCUCACGUGUGUCUUGUCUUGCAGGGGCUCAGCAAAAGUGAGAAAAUAAGAGAUGGAAUCUAUCAGGGGAGAUAAAGAUGUUUAUAUGAUCAAGUAAUCAUAGCAACAUAGGAACUAUGAGAGAGAGCUGCGGCAGAGCAUACCGAAGCGAAAUGACAAGCCAGGGAGUAUUUUAAGAGAUUGGGGCUUGUGGUAGGUAUGGGGUCUGGGACAAAAGGAGUCAAGAAAGUCAUUAGGAAAUGGGAUUUGAGCUGAUCAUGAUGGAUGGGCAAGGCAAGUCGGUGGAAAUGCCAUCUCAACACCCAGGCUCAGAGAGAAAACUCUCUCUCCAUGAGGCACAGGGAGGGGCCUAAUAAGGAUGGAGGAAGUAAGGCUGAGCAUUAUUUCCCUCUCCUCAGGACUGCCAACCAGUCACUCUACCAAGGAGCUUCCUACCAGCUUGUCUUCUCCUCAUCCUAGAGUGCUGACCAUGUCAUCCUUCCAGGGCUGGGCUGCUGACAUGGGGUCUUGGCUGCUCCUUCUCCUGCUGCUCCAGGAAGCCAAAGCAUACUCUGGAGAUGGUGUGGAGCCUGAGGAAGUAGUUGCAGCCCUUCAGGAGUCCAUCAUCCUCCCCCUGAAAAUACCUCCUGAUGAGGAAGUUGAGAGCAUUGUCUGGUUCUCCCGAAAGAGACUUGCCACAGUGGUGCCAGGGAAAGAAGGAUAUCCAGGUAGUGUCAUGGUGGUGGACCCUCACUAUGAGGGCCGAGUGAGCUUCCUGGAUGGCAGCUACUCUCUGCACAUCAGCAAUGUGAGCUGGGAGGACGCAGGGUCUUACCAAGCUCAAGUCAAUCUGCAGACAUCCCAGCUCUCCACCACGCCACACUACAACCUACGUGUCUACCGACGGCUGUCGCAGCCCCAAAUUGCUGUGAACUUUGAGAUCCCUGGGGAAAGUGCCUGUAAUAUAUCCCUGGCAUGCCUUGUGGAGAGAGCAGGCGCGGAUGUCACCUAUAGCUGGCUCACCUUGGGGGACAGUGCUGACACAGCCCAGGAAGGCUCUGUCCUCAGAACAAACUGGAGGCCUGGGGACAAAGCCCUUUCCUACACCUGCAGGGCUAGCAACCCGAUCAGCAGCAUCACUUCUCGUCCCGUCACUGCUGGGCCUUUCUGUGCAGAUCCUGGCUACCUUGAGACGCCUUCGGUGUCCUCCUGCCUCCUAGCCAAGGGAUUGCUCCUCCUCGUGCUCUUGAUAAGUCUAGCCUUAGGGCUCUGGAUCACCCGAAUUCCAAAAAAAAGCGAAGUGCCAAGGACAAGGAGACUCAAGGGGAACAGAAUUAAAUUGCGGAAGAAGGGUAGAGGGUGGACUCGGGGAUGGUGUCAAGGGCCUCCCCUUCCCUGAGGAAAGGCCAUAUAGGA